AUGCGUCAUUCUAAGUUUAUCAAUGCACUGGAGCAUAUCUGCGAGACUCUAGAGCGCAAGACUGGCCGGACCUCGAAGCCUGGCGUUAAGCAACCUCCAUCGCCCUCCGAGGCUUUGAGUGACGACGCCAAUGUUGAAAAUUUCACUAACCGAUUUACCAAUCUCAAUGUGGAAGAACCUUGCGAUACCACUGCGGGAACUCAUCCGGCAACUACGGCAUCGAGGAAGAACAUCAAGGUGACUGUUGUUGAAGAGGACAAUGAUGAGGCUACACAGUCUUGUCUCGGUCUCGUAUACUUCAAGACCAUGUGCGUCCUCGAGGACUUGAGCAAUAUGCGAAAAUUUAUUUCCAAGACAUGGUCGGAGUAUCGAGAUGGGAAAAUUGAUCUCAUGAACGCUGCCGUCGUGACUGAUAGUGCUUUGCAACUUGCCCAGGACCUUGCCGAUGAUGUGGAAUCAGACUGGCGCAGCUCUCUUGUAGAGAAAAUGGAGGAUGUACCGAGUAUUAUUUUCAAAAUUACUGCUUCCAUCCGUGGCGUUGAUGGGCCCCCAUCCACUAAAACCGGUCUACCAUACGACAAGGACGUGGCUGAUUUGGCCGACAGGUGUUACAUCACAACGAAGAUCGUGCUGGAGUCUUUUCCGAAAGUCAUGAAAGCUGAUCAUCUGCCAGUCUUCAAAAAAGGCGCUUUCGGCACCUACGAUCCAAAAGCAGACAGGAAGCGAAUGUCACUAGAUCAGCAAUACAAGGAAGACAGAAUCAUUCUUCUUGGUAUUCUACCAGAAUUCUGCAUGAUCAACUUGUUCGAAGUCAAAAGGCCCACCGAGGACGCAAUAACUCGAUCUUUCACUGAGUUUAUCAAGACCAAAGCCAUUACACUGGGGCUUUGUUUCACCUCCCAAAUUUUCCUCGACGUUCACCAUAUCAUGCGACACAGUGCCGAAGGCGCAUUGGGGGAUUUUCGAAUGUCUGGACUUCGAAUCCAAAAGACCAUCAAAGACUACCAGCAGUUAUCCAGAACACACCCUCAGCCAGAAUUCUGGCCAAAGGAUUACGACGAAGAAAUUCAACACAUGGGGGCGUUUGUGAAAGCAUGGGUUCUGGAGGAUCCAUUGCGAACAAUUGGGAUGGAACCAAAGCUUGCCAGGCCUGGUCCCCCGCCCGAGAAGUAUGCACUGCUCUCCCAGCACGCAACCCUCUGUGGGUUGAUUCUGUUCAGCCUUAAUACACAUAUGCAGAUUGUCGGCCAGGACCUGCUCAAUCAAUGGGGCGUCGUUCAGGGCAUGGCAUUCCUGCACAACCUUGUCGUACACUCUCGGGGACACAAUGAAUUGAAGUGGGCCGACAUGGAUGCAUUCAUUGAGAUCCACGGAGAGCGCAACAUUUUCGUCGGCCCGCGUCCCAGGAGCGUCGACGAAUCGCUGUACAGACUUGAGUUAGAAUCGGGUGUCUCAUCAGCUGGCAAUCCCACUAGUGAUUCUCAGACCGGAGUGCUUCCCAACUCCAGCGGCGAGACAGCGAAAAAGAUCAAGUGCACCACUGUAGUCUCGAAUCUCUUUUACGCCCGAUACGUUCGUGGCAACAAGGAUACAUUUAGCUCCUUCACCAUUGGCAGGGCAGUCGAUGAACUGAGACAGAUGUUAAAGCUCGAACCAUCCGAUGAGUUCGAGAGAGCUAACCCAGAGCCUAACACGGCUCGAGAGUGUUCUGGUUACCGCAGUAGCGACACGCUGAAGCUUCUUGCUUUUUUAAAGAAGAAGUUGUUCGAAGAAGAGCCUGUCUUGUUGUACAACUAUUUCGGCAUGCACAGACGCUCCAUUGAACUACUCAGGCUGAUCCGCGACAAGGAGCACCAGAAAUUUACCCAGUAUCUCACGUCGGCAUAUUUGCCAGACGAAUCCUGGAUCGGCGGUAUCAUAUAUCUCAUCCAUCGCGUUGCGUUAGGCUCGGCUGAAUCUACACGUCCGAGACCUACUACAUCCGACGAAGCCGAGAUAAAGAGUCGAAUUGUGAUGAGUGCGGGCUGCGUGAUGCAGGAAUAUUUGCAAAAGAAUGAGGAUGUGGCUUGCAAGGAGCUGAGAGCUUUCUGCAAGAACAAGAAGCCAAUUUAA